UGUUUCAACUCAUGCCCACCAAACUAGAAGAGCUAAUAAAUGAUAUUAACAAAAACGAUGAUGAGAAAAUUACAUGCAUCAUUGCUGAUUGUUAUAUGGGAUGGGUACUAAGAAGUUGCACGGAAGAUGAGUAUUAGACUAGCACUCUUUUGUCCCAGCUCGGCUGCAGUUUUGGCUGUGUCAAUGAGCCUUCAGAAGCUUAUGGAUGAUGAAGUUAUAAACGACAGAUCAGGAGAAAUUUUGAAGCAUCAAAUGAUUCAGCUGUCAACCUCUAUGCCACUCAUGGACCCUGCAAAUUUUUUAUGGGCAUGUAUGGGCGACCCGGUCACGAACCAAAUUGUCUUUGAUUUCGCAAUUCUUGAAGGUAAGGAUGCAGCAGAAGCAGCAGACCACAUAAUUUGCAAUUCAUCCAUGGAGCUGGAGCCUGGGGCGUUCACUCUAUUUCCAAAGAUGUUGCCAAUUGGUCCACUUUUGGCCACCAACAAUGUCACAAGGCAAGUAGGCCACUUAUGGAAAGAAGACUCUACUUGCCUAAGAUGGCUCGAUCAACAGCCGGUCUGCUCGGUCAUUUAUGUUGCAUUUAGGAGCAUCACAAUUUUUGACCAGCUGCAAUUUGAAGAGCUGGCGUUAGGCCUCGAGGAUACCAAAAUGCCAUUCUUGUGGGUUGUUCGACCUGGCCCAAAUGGUAAUAUGGACCAUGUCUACCCAAGCGGCUACUUGGACAGAAUAGGCAGUCGUGGGAAGAUACUAAGCUGGGCACCUCAGCAGGAGGUCCUAAACCAUCCGUCAGUGGAUUGCUUCAUGAGUCAUUGUGGUUGGAACUCUACAAUGGAGGGCGUUAGCAAUGGCGUUCCUUUUGUGUGCUGGCCAUACUUUGCUGAUCAAUUUUUUAACAAAACAUACAUAUGUGAUAUCUGGAAAACUGGUGUGGGUUUGAACAAAGAUGAAACAGGUAUUGUUACACGAGGAGAAAUAAAAAGUAAAGUGGAGCAACUGGUCAACAACGACAUACACAAAGCAAAUGCCUUGAAAAAGAAAGAAAAAUUAACGGACUGCUUGCGAGGAGGAAAUUCCUCAAACAAAAACCUCAACAAGUUCAUUGAUUGGCUAAAGGAAGGAUGAACAUGUAUGAUGCCCAACAAACUAGAAGAGGUGAUAAAUGAUAUUAACAAAAACAAUGACGAGAAAAUUACAUGCAUCAUUGCUGAUUGUUAUAUGGGAUGGGUGCUAAGAGUUGCACGGAAGAUGGGUAUUAGACUAGCACUCUUUUGUCCCAGCUCGGCUGCAGUUUUGGCUGUGUCCAUGAGCCUUCAGAAGCUUAUGGAUGAUCGAGUUAUAAACUGCAGAUCAGAAAUAGGUGGUUUGAACAAAUAAAGAUCGCUCCUAGGUGACCUUGGAUUAUCAAAGUGUUAAUAGGUAAAUGGCUGAUUCAAACAGCAACUUUCAAUCACAAAUUCUGCAAAAGCUGACCACUUUAUGCCAUAUGUUGUUUUGUCCCUUAAAGUUGCUGUUUGAAACCACAACAUUCCUUAAUAUAUCUGAUGCAAACAGCGACUUUGAUGACAUAGCUGAUUAGGUUCCAUACUUCAAUAUAAGUCGCUGAUUGAAACCAUAACUUUCCAGAACAUUGCUGAAUGAAACAACGACUUUCAUAACAUCGCUGAAUAGGUUCAAAUAUUCAAAUAAAGUCGCUGUUUGAAACCAUAACUUCACUGAAAGUCGCUGUUACACAUCAAGAUGUUAUUGAAAGUUGAUGAAUAGACAAACUGUUGGUUCAAGAUAGGGUUAUACACACACUUGCAAUGAUUUUCUUUAUAUUAAACUUCAAAGGAAUUUACAAGUGACAAAUGAAAACUAUACUCUAAACUUGCUUAUAUUGUAAAAUGAAAAACAACUUUAACUUCAACGUGCAGCAUAUUCUCCACAUAUACUGCAUGGUAUAACAACCCAGAACUGGGUCAAUCCUAGAUGAAUUCUGUAACAAGUCACGCACACAACAAUUGCUAAAUGACGCUUUUACCACCACGGCAGCGUUCCCGUCAAAUAACGCCUUCAUCUUGAAUAAGCAUUCGCCUCUUCCUGGACACCGACCUCACCUCGGUCUCGUCCAAAGCCUUCAUGAACUCGACUUUUCCCGGACACCCAGGCCUUCACCUCAGCCACAUCCAAAGUCGUCAAUCGAACUUAUUCCAAGAGCCUUCUUCCACUGAUAAAAGAAACAAUGCUACCGGCUCGCCUAUGCCGUUUCUUUCACCCCGCUAAACGAACCGAAUCCAAAGCCUCCUGCUUGACGGAUCCUUUAUGCUCGUUUUUUCUACAACCCGGUCGGACUCUUAUUACCCGAACAAGAUAUUCUCAACACAAAAGAAACAAGCAGGCAGCUCCCACUUUUCUUUCUGAUUUCCUCCAAUAGCCAACCAAGGUACCUAGCAGGUCGCCAUCUCCUUGCGAUUCUUCUUCUAGGAUAAAAAAAAUAUCCGACAAACAAAAGACACGAUCCCUUCCUCGUUCUUUGAUCAACAAAACUGGAUUAACCAACCUGCUGAUUUGGCCUAACUCACGAUUCGUCUCCGCUACCCAUUUGACCCGCUAGAACUAAAACCUUUAAAUUUGCUGCUACUCGAUCAAUCCUGUUCUUCCCCCUAUCUUGGAAAACUGUUGCUAGAUCGAUUACAUGGUUUACUUACUACUGCCUUUUAUCACCACUAACAACCACGGAGCUUCGGUGUUCGUCACAGCCCACCACCAUCGUUCCAAACGGCAAUCCCCGUGACAACGACCGACCCGAAACGCCUCUUUCUCUCCGUCUUCUAUUAUUUUCUGAUCUCCCGUGUUAGGUGUGUAGUAACACCCCCUAGUUCUGACCCGAACCAGCAGCCAAACACGCUGUGAUUGUUGACCGACCUUGCUUUUGCUGCUCAAACAGCGAUGUUCUUGAAUGUAUUAUAUUCAAACGACUUCUUUAAUGUAUUAUAUUUAAUCAGUGACUCUAAUUUAACAUGGCAGAUUCAAUCAGCGACGUUCUUAAAGUCUUAUUUUCAAUCAGCGAUGUCAUCAAAGUCGCUGUUUGCAUCAGAUAUGUUACGGAAUGUUGUGGUUUCAAACAGCAACUUUAAGGGACAAAAUAACAUAUGGUAUAAAGUGGUCAGCUUUUGCAGAAUUUGUGAUUGAAAGUUUCUGUUUGAAUCAGCGAUUUACCUAUUAACACUUUGAUAAUCCAAGGUCACCUAGAAGCAAUAUUUAUUUGUUCAAACCACCUAUUUCGGCAAAAUAUUCAGUUUUUUCCAGGAGAAAUUUUGAAGGAUCAAAUGAUUCAGCUGUCAACCUCUAUGCCACUCAUGGACCCUGCGAAUUUUGUAUGGGCAUGUAUGGGCGAUCAAGUCCUAAUCGACAAUCAAACCGAAUAGAAAAGAUGAAGAAGCGAAUUUAGAUCGAAUAACUCUCAAUCUUAUUAGUCAGAAAAUAACUCAAAACUGAUUAGAGACUCUUAAACCAUAACUCGGUUUCUCUCUUGACCUUUUAAUAAUGUCUACCCUACCUUGGUUUAUAUAGGUUACCCUGUCACACCCCGGCCGCGUUAAAACAACAAACCGCGGCGGAAACGCCGGGGAGUGAGGCGACAGAAUUAUUGUUCCAUAACCAUGGUAAUCAAAUGUUUCGUUUUAUUGAAAUAUUAUGCAAUGUUCAUUGUUGUUAAAACAAACAAUCAAACUACAUAUUGUUUAUAAUUGUUUUUAAGUCACUAAGGCCUCGUCCAGAUCCUAAGUGAAUUCGCUUCCUAGC